AUGGAUUACGCGAAGGUCGAGAGAUGUAUCAGUCCAAAACUAUUGCAAGAAUUCGACUACUAUUUGCAGAGGAAUUCUUUCAGGAACUUGCACAUAAAAUUUCCAUUGGAUUAUUAUAAAAUGUUCGUGUUUCUGUGGAUCAAGUUAACGGGAAAGUUGAAAGACUGGCUCUAUGCGGACGCGGAUUUAUUUGUUGCAUCAAUAGGGAAUGAAACAGGGCUCACCUUGCGGCCCGAUUAUUUUGAAAAGGAAUUUGGAUUGAUAAUUCUAGGAACUGUGGACGGGACUUCGCAUGGCAUUUAUACGGAAGAUCGGUUAGUUUUAACAUAUUUUCAAUACACAGUACACUUCAUUUUUUUGGGUAUACCAAAGAGGCGAUUAAAGAGGGAAAACAGCGCCGACCAGUUACUAGAAGAUUAUGAGACAUAUAUACAAAGUCGAGAGUUUAAAUUGUAUUGCAAAGAGACGUUUCAAGAUACUUUUAAAACGGUGCAAAAGUCGGCUCCAGGGAACACGGCGACGCUCGGCUUAAGUGCUACGGCUUCGACCCUCGGACAUGCAACCGCUGGAUUCGCGUUUACCUUAGCCGUGGAUGCGGUCAUCACGAUUCGCGCGUUAUCGCACGCGAGAAAAUUACGUAAUGCUGGCGAGAUUUCGGAGGUCGAAUUCAGAGGCACUGUCAUACGGAAAGUGCGUCAGACGGGUUGUCAACUUGUGGCGGGAAGUACGGGCUCCAUGAUUGGUCAGAUUGUCAUCCCCGUGCCCGUUUUAGGCGCUAUGAUUGGUGGAUUUCUCGGCGGCCUCAUUGGUACUGGCGUGAGCAAAGGACUUGAUAAAGUCGAAGAAGUUCGCGAGCUCAAAAAUAAACCAAGCAAAAGUUUUACCAGAAAACAGUCGAAUGUUACAAACGCGAUUUCUAAGAACGACAGCCAGUCUACUGUAGCAAGUCAAUCUGCGAAAGGCUUGGUUGAUUUUGCCAAAAAGCUUGUCAAAACGUCCGAUGAAAAUAUUUCGCAAAUUUCAUCAAAGUUGACAAGGAAGAUUUCAGCAGUUCGCUGCAGAGAUCAGAAUAGUACCAACUUAAGUUGA